GCUCUAAAGAAAUUGAAAAGAUAUUUGAGGUUCUUGCUAAUAGUAGGAAGAACACUAUUUGUAUCUUUGUUACCUCAAAAACAGACGGAUAUACUAAUAGGGUAAUAUUAAAAGCUAUUGAAUCUGAAUACAAUAUUAUUCUUACAAAUAAGUUUUAUUUAUUUUGUGAUCUUUAUGAAUUUAUUAAUUACAAA